ACUUAUGAGGAAUAAUAUCGAAGGGGGCUCCUCCCAAGUCUCCUCAUCCUCCGUGGUAUCUCUUAAAACACGCUCGUUGCCUUCAGUUUAGCAAAAAGCGUAUGCUUCGACACCCGUCAUGGACCCCUUAGAUUUCAGCCAGUCUACAAGCUUACCCCUCCUAACCUUGGGGAGCAACAACACCGAAUUCGACUAUGCUGCUUACUUACAAGAUGACGAUCUCGAUUACCUGGGGGAUACCGGCUCUUCGGGGUCGGCAUCAGUAAUGAAUGAUGUUACCUCUGCUGGCGUUUCACCACCUACUUCUUCCGCAGUUGUUAGAAGCAAUUCCAACCAAAAGCCAAGGUUGGAGAGAAGAGGCCACACUAAGAGCCGUCGUGGGUGUUACAAUUGCAAGAGGCGUAGAAUCAAGUGUCAAGAAACCCGGCCGUCGUGCGGGCACUGCGUUAAGACAGGUCUCAAAUGCGAGUACCCGGUCGUGCCCCAGAUCACUCAUCAACCGCAACAUCAGAUCCCCCUCUUUAGCCUUCAAGAUAUGCGCUUCUUCCAGCAUUUUCUCCUAACUUGCUCUCCGCAUCACCCGUUGGGCAACGAGUCGAUUUGGACACAUGAAGUGCCAUGCUUGUCUCAGAACCACGAAUAUCUUAUGCAUGCUAUCCUAGGUCUUGCAGCUUCCGACUUGAUGAUUCAUGAUCCGAGUCUCGUCACUUUCGCUAUGGCACACCGAUUAAAGGCGAUAAAGGCUAUCAAGAAAACGUUAACUGACGUCCCUAAAACGAACACCUUCGAGGAAGGCAACGCACUCCUUGCAACAUGCUACGCCCUCACUUUCCAAUCAGUCAUGCUCGACGAUGGCAUGGCAGAAUUCAUGACCUUCUGCCGAGGCAUCAUCAUCGUCGCGAUUCAGAUGUACUGCAAGGGAGCCAAAUUCAUAUUUUCCAACUUCCUUGGCGACGACCAGAUGGAGAUUCUACAGCCUUUGAUGGAGGCUAUCCCGCCGAUUCGUACAGAGUGGACUGAUAUGGCCGUGGCAAACAUCGCUGCCCUUCAACCACUCUGCCAGCAACAAGUCGAAAUUGAUUACCACCAGCUGCUCACCGAAAUUGCGGAAGCUCUAUAUACCUCUUCGUUCGAAGCAUAUCAAAAGCUCUGCAAACACUAUGGCUGGUGGAUGCAAAUCUCGCAUGAGAACUUCCAGUCCCUCAUUGAUGGCGGGAACCAAGUGUGUCUACUGCUCGCUUCACACUGGAUUGCCCUGAAACAAAUCAUGGCCACAAUCACUGGGGCCGAGCACUACAGCCAGCGGGAGAAACCUGGCCGAAAGGACGGUGAUAUGGACCUGGGUAUGGUCAGGUGGCUAAAGCACAUCAAUCGACACAUUGAUGCCGACCACCAGCAGUACAACCAGUGGCCCCUCUGGGUUGAGGCGCAGCUGGAUAUAAAUCUCGGUUACUUUGGCAAGGAGUUGUUGCGUCAUUGAAGAGAUAUACCUUGUGACAAUUGCUUAUCAUACCUAUGGGCGCAUGAGCUAGGUGCUCUUUAAUUUCUAAUUACUAUUGAUACCAUAUUAUUGCGCGCGGAGUACUUCAUCUUCACUCCAAAUUUACACUACAUAUCAACCUCAAUCUUCAAGAAGCAAAAUCGCAACUUGCAUUCGCAUCUCCAUAUGGCUAGAUGAUUACGAUCUGAUGGGAUGCUCAGAAGAGAGACAGCUCCAUCUAGCAUGCUGUCUUGGCCGUAACACAUCAACAAUAACUGCGCACUCCACAUGAUGGACCAUGAGUCAAACGGCGAGCAACCUCGUUGUUCAAAAAGAAAUUCGCGUUGGGAGCCCAUCCCAAGACUGAUUCAACCCAACCGAAAGGGGCUUACACC